GGCCUUGCGUUCAUUCAAAGAGAAAACAAAAUGAGAGCCGAGCUUGCCACCGUCCGGCAAACCCUAACGCCGGCGGCCGGAGCCGUACUCACAGCCGCCAUAUCCGAAGCAUCCCGCCGUAGCCACAGUCAAACCACGCCGCUCCACGUCGCCGCUACGCUCCUCGCCUCGCCGUCAAGCAUGCUUAGGCAAGCUUGUCUCCGUUCACACCCCACCACGUCUCAUCCUCUCCAGUGCCGCGCCCUCGAGCUCUGCUUCUCCGUCGCGAUAGACCGUCUUCCGAAGACCUCGUCGGCGGUGGAACCGCCGCUGUCGAACGCGCUGGUUGCCGCGCUGAAGCGGGCGCAAGCGCAUCAGAGACGGGGGUGCCCGGAGAUCCAGCAGCAGCUGUUGCUGUCGGUGAGGGUGGAGCUCGAACAGCUCGUUGUCUCCAUCCUUGAUGACCCAAGCGUGAGCCGGGUCAUGAGAGAAGCUAGCUUCUCUAGCCCCGCCGUCAAGGCCGCGAUUGAAUCCAAGAGCGUGUGCAAGAAUUUAAAACUAGAAGCUCAGCAAGUGAACACCAGAGCUGAGGAGGUGAAGCGAGUGAUGGAGAUCUUAUCAAGAGCGAAGAAACGGAACCCGGUGCUCGUUGGUGAAGCCGGGGCAGCGUCUGUUUUGAAGGAAGUGCUGGAAAGGGUUGAGCUCGGUGAGGUGGCCGGAGUGAAGGCGAGAGUUGUAGCACUUGGGUCGGAGAUGAAGGUAGGGGAGGUGGAGGAGAUGAUAGAGAGGGAGAGAGGGAGUAGUGGAGUGGUUGUUGAUAUGGGGGACUUGAAGUGGGUGAUGGAGAGUGGUGGUGCGGUGGUUAAGGAGAUGACGAGGGUGUUGAAGCGGUUCACCGGAGUUGGCGGUGGUGGUGGUGGUGGUGGAUGUGCGAGGGUGUGGGUCGUUGGAACGGCUACGUGUGAGACUUAUUUACGUUGCCAGGUCUACCACCCUUGCAUGGAACGUGACUGGAAUUUGCAGCCAGUUUCCAUUGCCUCUCGUCCUCCUCCUCCUUCUCCUCAUUCUCUGUUUCAAAGAAAUGGGAUGGUGAGUAGCAUGGGGUUGAUAAGUGGAGAACAAGGAGUUGAUGCUUCUCGGACUUAUGAAAAGCGUGAAUCAUUGAACAUUUUGCCACCAUGGCUGCAGCUUGCGACUGCUGCGUGUCGUCCUUGUCAGGUGAAUGAACAAGAGGCUAAUUGCAAAGAAGCAAGUCAUCCAGAAAGCCCAAAGACCGAUUUAGUACUCGGGAGAACAACAAAAGAUAUAGAUACAUUCAAGAAGUUGCUCCAAGGCAUCACUGAGAUGGUUAGUUGGCAUCUGGAGGCUGCUCCCUCGUCGGCGAUCAAUGCCGUGAUGCAGACAAAGCCCCGGGGUGACAAAUGGUUAUUGUUUUCAGGCCGAGAUAGAGUUGCCAAGACCAAGAUGGUCACUGCUUUGUCCGAGCUAACGUUCGGCUCUGGUCCGAUCUAUGUGAGCUUUGAUGAUGAUUUUGAGUUAGACAAAAACUUUCGCGGUCGGCAAUUAGUCGAUCACGUUGUCAAUACCAUAAAACACAACCAAUUUGCCGUAAUUGUGGUCGAAGACAUCGAUAAAGCGGAUGUUCUAGUGCAAGGGAUGGUAAAGCACGCCAUUAAACACGGCCGGCUCAUCGAUUCCUACGGUCGAGAAAGCAGCUUAGGAAAUGUCAUAGUCAUUCUCACCGCAGAAUUGCCCCCGGAAGAUCUUGAAUACUCACAUGAAUCAAUUAUUCACUGUGAGCAGAAAAUUCUGCAGCCAGCAGAUUCUAGUAGUCAUGUAGAGAAUUCAUUGGGUAAGCGAAAAGCCGACUGGAUGAGCAGCAGUGAAAGGUCGGAGAAGCAAAGAAAAGACUCAUGCUUGUCUUUCGACCUGAAUUUGGCAGCUGAAGUUGAUGAGGACUCAUUGGAGGCCUCGCAAAACUCUAGUAACAUUACUAUAGAACAUGAGCUCAUUUCUAUCAAAAAAUUGUCGAAAUGGUAACAUCAAUUUCUUAUAUGAUCGACGUUCUAGACAACAUUAAUAUCUUCAAGUACAUCGACUUCGAUCUUAGAGAUCUUGGAGACUAUAUGCAGAAAAUUUUCAAAAUAACUAGUAACACAUUUGGCCAAAGCCAUUUGUGUAAUUUGAGCUCAUAUGGCUACAGAGAAUUUGUGAUUUGUUUAGGGGCUUAUAUGUAAAUACAAUGGUGUUUAGGAGAUGAAGAUGGAUAUUAAUUAGCAAAGUAUUGCUGAGAUUAGUGAU